GCCCUUCCCGUGAUGCCCCGCGGCUGACCUCCGACCUCGCCUCCCACCCCUCCCUGCGGCCCUCUUCUCCCCCGGCGCCUGCUGAAUUUGCCGCGUUCCGGAGGCUGUGGGGCGUGCCACCGAGGCGCAGCACCCCCCGUAGCGCCUGGGCGGGUGCCGUCCCUUCGUCUUUCCUCCCCGUGGCGGGGCCUGGUGACGGGCCGGGGGCUGCGGCCGCGUCCGGGAGGCGACUCGGAUUCAAGAUGACCAACGAGGAACCUCUUCCCAAAAAGGUUCGACUGAGUGAAACAGACUUCAAAGUUAUGGCACGAGAUGAGUUAAUUCUAAGAUGGAAACAAUAUGAAGCAUACGUCCAAGCUUUGGAGGGCAAAUACACAGAUCUUAAUUCUAAUGACGUAACUGGGUUAAGAGAGUCUGAAGAAAAACUAAAGCAACAACAGCAAGAGUCUGCCCGCAGGGAAAACAUCCUAGUAAUGCGACUGGCUACCAAGGAGCAAGAGAUGCAAGAGUGUACUACUCAAAUCCAGUACCUCAAGCAAGUCCAGCAGCCUAGCGUUGCCCAACUGAGAUCAACAAUGGUAGACCCAGCGAUCAACUUGUUUUUCCUAAAAAUGAAAGGUGAACUGGAACAGACUAAAGACAAACUGGAACAAGCCCAAAAUGAACUGAGUGCCUGGAAGUUUACGCCUGAUAGCCAAACAGGCAAAAAGUUAAUGGCGAAGUGUCGAAUGCUUAUCCAGGAGAAUCAAGAACUUGGAAGGCAGCUGUCCCAGGGACGUAUUGCACAACUUGAAGCAGAGUUGGCUUUACAGAAGAAAUAUAGUGAGGAGCUUAAAAGCAGUCAGGAUGAACUGAAUGACUUCAUCAUUCAACUUGACGAAGAAGUCGAGGGUAUGCAGAGCACCAUUCUAGUUCUUCAGCAACAGCUGAAAGAGACGCGUCAGCAGUUGGCUCAGUACCAACAACAGCAGUCUCAGGCUCCAGCCCCAAGUACCAGCAGGACUACACCUUCCGAGCCUGGAGGACAGGUGGAGGCCACAGGUAAAGACUGCAGCCGGCUGGCCAACGGACCAAGUAAUGGCAGUUCCUCCCGGCAGAGGACGUCUGGGUCUGGAUUUCACAGGGAGGGGGACACAGCCGAAGAUGACUUUCCUUCUUCUCCAGGGAAUGGGAAUAAGGCCUCCAACAGCUCAGAGGAGAGAACUGGCAGAGGAGGUGGUAGUUACGUAAAUCAACUCAGUGCGGGGUAUGAAAGUGUAGACUCUCCCACGGGCAGUGAAAACUCUCUCACACACCACUCAAAUGACACAGACUCCAAUCCUGACCCUCAAGAGGAGAAAACAGUGAGUGGGAAAGGUAACCGAACUACGGGUUCCCGCCACGUUCAGAAUGGCUUGGACUCAAGUGUAAAUGUACAGGGUUCAGUUUUGUAAUAUUUUUUCCAACAAAUUUUUAUACAGUGUCAUUUAAUUUGGGAGAGGAUACUGUCCGGAAAAUUAACGCAUACUUUUGUCACAAUUUGCCUUUUUUUUGUGGGUGUGGUGUUUUUUUUUUCUUUUCCUCCCCGCCCCUCCCCCCCUUUGCUUCAAUACCUCUGCCACUUUGGAAAUUGUAACAGUUAAUUACCUUGAAUGUUGCUAAAAGGACAUUUUGUGUAGGGUCAAGUUAUUUUUAUAUGAGUUAAUGUGAAGUUGUAAAUGGAAAUCUUUCCCUAAAGUAUAACACAAUGAUGUCUGUAUAAAUCUGUGUCUAUCCUAGAACCUGUGCUGUGUACGGGCAUUCUUCCUCAUGCUGUUAUUAUACUUCUGCACCAUUCAGACUUGUUAGAGUAGAUGUGGGUUUAUGACUGCCAAGUUUGCCCAGUACAGUAGUUUUUCACUAAAAGCUGGACUUGCUGAUGGAGUCCUAGAGUAGUUUCAGUGUUAGAUACAGUUUUUUCCACCUUACAUCUGUGCAUUUUCUCUUUAGGUGACUGAAUGUUUAAGAAAUUUGUGUGCAUAGUUACUCAGUUUUUAUGAACUGUUGUAUCCUGUUAAUGCAUAUUGCUCUGUGACUCCAGUAUAUCUUACCUGUACUGACCAAACCUAAAUAAAGAUUUUUAUUGUAA